UCUGCCGUUUCUGCAUAUGUGUAGAGUUGCAGACGACGCAAAACUCAGUUGCUGUGGAACAGAGUGGAAGCAUGGUGGUUGGUGUUGGUGUAAACAAACGAGAAACAUUUGCUUUCUUUACCAACGUUUUCUGGAAUAAUAAUUUUAUAAACAAAUUUUGAGUAUGUCAAAGGAAGAGGUUAAAUCAUGUGUUGAGGAAAACAUUGAACUAAUUCAGGAAGAUGACGAGAGGCUUAAGGGGGAUGCGAUUGGUGAUACAUUGUAUUCAGAAUCUUUUAUUUUGAAAACUUUAAUGAAUCUUACUGAGAAACUACCCGUCUACUCAAGGGAAUCAAACACUUCACACAAUCUGGAGGAUGAAGCAGUUGAACUUGAAGAAUCAUUGGAAACAGACCUUUGCUUGCUAUGGGACAUGACUGCAGAUAGAGAUGUUGCUCUUUGUUUAAUUCAACAUGAUAUUUUAGAUAUAAUGAAGUGCGUUAUGGAAGAAAGCAUUGCACCACGUUUAACAGAGAUUGGAAUUGGGAUCUUAGCAAAUCUUUCUUGUCAAAAUGAAAUAAGUGCCCAAAUUAUUUUGGAUCACGAAUUGACAACUGCUAUAGUCAAUUUGAUGACUAUUAGUGAUGACUCGCAAACAAUUAUUCAGAUUGUUCGCCUAUUGAACACUUUAUUAGCACAUUCUCAGAUUGAAUCAUGCAUUUCUUUACCCAGUUUAGAAGCACUGGUGAAAUCAGUGGCUUUUAUUCUUCAAAACUCCCUCAAUGAAGAGCUGUUAAUCGGAUCUUCAAAGUUGCUCGACGCCAUCGCUAGUCAAAUCGAUCCUAUAUUUGAAAUUCCCUUUGAAAGCCUUCUUCGUGGAAUUGUUGAAGCACAAAAACAACUGAAAAAUUUCUUUAGUUGUGACGAAUCUAACUAUCCGGAAACGGUGCAAGACUCAUUUGACGCCUUGGUUUCUGCACUGUACAAUUUCAGCAGAAAUGAAGAGAUGCGAGUGGAAAUUGUGAAUUUUGGAGAGCAUGUCACUUCGUUCCUACAAUUCUACUUUACCUUACUGUUGAAAAAUAUUCGCAAUACCGAAGAAGUCGUGGCUGAUUCAACGGCAAGCGCUCUGAAAGCUAUCACAAUCUUUUACGUCACCAUCGCUUCAGCGUCGCCUCUCUCUAACAUAUUAGAGCUGUCAGGUCGCAUUGGCAGUCAACUAAGGUCUUGCCUCGACGGAGAAAGUGAAGCAAGUAAAUACGCUUCCGAUUACCGAGACCUAACUGGCGAUUGUUUCCGUAAACAACUCGACGUGUUCGGCAUUGAGCAUUCCCUGAGCUUACUCGAGUCGCUCGAUGCUGAAGCGUUAACCUUCGUGCUACAGGCGGCUCACCAAACAGUUCCUAAUCGACUCAAAGAAUUCGCGGAUACGGCCAGGAGUAGAGGAUCGUUCAACAAAGUGAUGGAAACGUACGAUUCGCUUGCCAAGAAUAAUGCUCGCUAGAUGUCUCUUGUUCAGUUUGAAUUGUAACGUGCUGCAUCCCACCCUUCGUUUAUCGAUCGCCGUCGAAGCCGGAAUUCCCGCUUCUUCCGUUUUCUCUCUUAACGCACGUAUCUAUUCAUUGCCCAGCUCACAAUAUGGGUUUUCUCUGUCAAAGUUCGUCGCCAACAUACAGAAAGAGAGAGAGAUCCCUCUAUUCAACAGUCUCCUUGUGUUUGUAUUGUAUUCGCUGUUGCACUGUAGGCUGCGUGGAAUCCCGUCCAACGUAGUGCCCAAUCAACCACCCUCGCUUUUUUCUUUCUCCCCUUUCGUUGCGGGUGCAGCUCACGACCGAGGCCAGUCAAUAGCCUAUACCAAUGGCCGCAUGAGCUCGACUCCCCGCAGAGGAGAUCGUUAAUUAGCGCAGCGGUCUUGGGUACGCUCUCUAAUACAACAACCCGGCAGGCGUUUGAUUAGUUCGCCCAGUUUACUUUUUCCGUCCGUGUGUUUGUGCGUGCGUGUUCUUCCCUCUCUUUUUUUUUCCGCGCGUUCCCUGGACACUGUCGGUUGUUGCCAUCAAAUAAACAUGGAUCGCGAGUGAUUAUUUAGUCGUCAUCGCCGAUGUGUUUACGAUUGAGAGCGAACUGGAAAAAGAUAAAAGAACCAUGGGCAAGCGUUGGGCGGAAAUGGGCCAGCUGUUCGGUGAUUGGUGGCGCGCACGAGAAGAUCGCGCGCUUUCCUCACUUCUAACGGCGCAGACGGAGAGGAAGCUUCGCCAGUCUGUCGAGGGACAAACAGCAACACAUCCUCCCCAUUCUCUCCACCCGCCUUUCCUCCCAACAGAAAAGUCUUUUCCCAGGGCCAGCGGAGAAGCAGUCAGCUCCCAGACGCACUCGACUUCAGAGGUCGCUCACGAACAUCCUCGCCUUCGCACUACACUCUCGUUCAGAUUGGAAGCCAAGGAGUAGCCGAAACGUCCUCGACUGUCACGAUCCAGCAUCCAGCCAUCUUUGAAUUACCUCACUGCAGCGGAACCUUAAUAGCCGGAGAAGACAAAUAAAAGACGGGCUAACUUUCUUUUGUGGGCCGCCGAAAAAAAGGACAAAAAAGACAAACAUGAAGUGGACGCUGUUCUUGCUGUUGGUGGGCGCCGUCGUUCUGGCCGCAGCCCAGGAUCUGGAAGAAGAUAACGAGCUAUUCGCCGAAGACCAGCAGGACGAAGCUUCAACUGCCGAGGAUAAUAGCAGCACCGAGGAGGACGAAGAUGACCAAGUCAAUCUUCGCGUUGUUCGAUCGGCUGCUGCCCAGUCAGAAGGAACCGGAAGGGUCCGCAACAGGGGAGCAGCUGCCAGAGGGAACGCCGACCAGCAGCAAGGAGACCGACGCCGUCGGGGAGAAGGCAAAGCUUGCCGUUACACCAAAGGCGCCUGGUCCGAAUGCAACACAGCCACCAACCAGCGCUCACGCAGCCUCACGCUGAAGAAGGGAGACAGCAGCUGCGAGCAGUCCAAGACCAUCACCAAAAAAUGCAAAAAAGGAGGAGCAGGCGGAGCCGGUCGUCGUAACAGAAACUAAACAAAAGAAAAAGAAGAUGAAGAAGAAGAAGAAGUUCGCCUAUUCAACAAACUUUUACAGCGGGAAAGCAGAAGAAGAAGAGGAAGAAUAAGAAAUAGUGCAGACUACUCCCGGCAGAAUCAAGAGGAUCGAAAUACGCCCAAAAAUUAUUAGCAUGUACUAUUAUUAUUAUCCAGAAUGAAAAUAAUCAUGUUUUUUUUUUUCUGACGAUUCUAAGGAAAAACAAAGAGAAAAGCAGGAAAACCUCCCACAUAUAAACCGUCAUGAUUCUUAUAUGCUUAGAGAUUUCCGUCACGCCAUAUUAGCCGACGACAUUGUUUUUACUAUCAGCGCCGACCAUACACUUCCUCUCUCUAACCGACUGUCUGUCUGUCUGUCAUUUCUCUAUUCAUCCCCAUUGUUCGUUUUUGGUUCUUUUUUUUCCAUCAGUCUCUUCUCUUUUCUCUUAUACGAAAUGAGCAACAUCAACGCGGAUGAACCCCUUUUGUUUUUUUUUCAUCGCUCUGCGGUUGUUUGUUCCCAUCAUUUACUUUCUGCGUUUCCUUCAUUCUGUGUGUGUGUCUGCAGAGCGCGUAUAAACCAAGCACAUUAUACUAUUGUCGUUCAUGUCGGGAGGGGGGAAAACCUUUCAAAAACCCUUACUAUUUUGUUAUUUUGUUUUUUUCCUCUCCCAAUUUUCAACGCAUCAUACGCUAUUAAAUAUCUCUCCUCUUUAUAAUCCUCUUAUUAUCGGUCAAUGUAAUCGCUAAUCGUUUUCAUCCCACUUUUAAUCUAGUGAAAACAGGAAAAUACACACACAUUACCCUUCCGACAA